GAACAGCAGCUGCUGCUGGCUCCCUCUCUCCCAGUGCUUUGCUGUUUGGUAAACGCACUCCCUUCGCCCUCUCACUUCAUGAUCUAACAGUGCAUCCAGCUAUGCAGGGUAGGGACUGUCACUCAUUCUCAGAGGCUGAAGCGUAGCUUGUCAGCAGUACCUUUACGAAGAAUGAGGCAAACUCCUGGGGAAAAGACUUCUGCAUAAUUUGGAGGGCUUUCUGGAAGUAACUUUGAGAAAGUGUUUUCCCCCCCCUUGGUUAGUACUAGUUGAUCUCACACAGUGGAAGGAGAGUGGGAGGAAAUAAACAAAAAUUUCUGUUUGGCACAGCAAUGAAACAAUAACUUCAGUGAGCUUGGGAAUUGAUAUCAGGUAUCUUCAAUUGAGACUGUUUUCGUCUUUCAAGACAAAGUGGCUAACUUAUACAUCCUCAGCCUAGUGGCAAAAAAUUAAUUAUGGGGUUGCUUGAUCAAGCCAACAGCACUACUAUCUUGAACAUGUUGGAUAAAAAGUGGUCAUUUGCCUGGAACACAAAGAACAUAGUCACCCCUAGUCAGGGGCUCCAAGGAUCCACCAAUGCUAUGAUGGACAGCACCAAGAUCUUGGGAGUCCAGAUCAUCCUGAUAGCUGCCUACUCUCUCAUCAUUCUGUUGGGGUUCAUUGGCAACUCUUUAGUCAUCUACAUGAUAGUGAGAUACAAAACCAUGAGGACUGUUACCAAUUUUUUCAUAGCUAACCUGGCUCUGGCAGACUUAAUGGUAGACACGCUGUGCUUGCCCUUCACUUUGGCCUAUACUCUGCUUGAUGAAUGGAAGUUUGGGGCUGCGCUUUGUCACCUGGUCUCCUAUGCUCAAGCUUUAAGUGUGCAUGUGUCCACCUUCACCUUAACUGUGAUUGCUCUGGACAGGUACAGAUGCAUAGUUUUCCACCUGGACAGGAGGAUAUCCAAGAAGAUCAGCUUCACCAUCAUAACAAUUACAUGGCUGGUUGCUGCUGUCCUAGCCAGUCCCCUGGCCAUCUUCCGAGAGUACAAAUAUGAAGAAAUUCCAUCCAUCAAUCUCAAAAUAGCUGUCUGCUCUGAGAAGUGGCCUUCAGAAAACAGAGAUGCUACCAUAUACAGCUUAUCCAUGCUCCUUUUGCAGUAUGUCCUCCCUCUUUCCAUCAUCUGCUAUGCCUACAUCAGGAUAUGGAUCAAACUCAAAGGCCAUAUAAGCCCCACCACUAGGAAUGACAGUCAGUGCCGCAGGAGGAAGACCACAAAAAUGCUAGUGAUGGUGGUGGUGGUGUUUGCAGUCUCUUGGCUUCCUUUCCACAUUUUCCAGCUUGCCAUUGACUUAGAUCUGGUGCUCAACUACCAUGAGUAUAAACUCCUUUAUACAGUUUUCCAUGUGGUGGCCAUGUGCUCAACUUUUGCUAACCCUCUACUCUAUGGUUGGAUGAAUAAGAACUACCGAAAUGGAUUCCUCACAUUCUUCCAUUGCCAGAACAAGCCUGAGAGACUUUAUACAGAGGGAUCCAUCAGAGGUCGAUCCUGUACUUUCAGAGCCACCACCUUGAAUGGGAGCAUCAAACACUCAGCAGGCAAUGGACAGCCACCAACACAGGUUUAGCAGACACAAGCAAUGGUAUCUCCACAGAAGGGCUGGAACCUCAGUGGUGACCAUGUUGGACUGAAGCCUUUUCUAAUAUAGAAAUGUGUUGAAAUGCUGCUGCUAUCAUAACCACAUAAAAACCUCCUUGUGUAUCUUCACAAAGAACAAAAUUAUCUAUGGGUGAAAAAACUAAAACACCAGCCAAUGCAAAAGUAUCUGUUGCCAUAAUUAAAAAAACAAUGGAUAGUAUGUUAUACAUUAAAUGCAUUGCAUAUUCUUCUAUAUGAGAAGCCACUAUCUUCUGUUGAAUUUCUUACUUCAAAUUCAUAUUUUAAAAUUUCUGGAUCCUAAUCUUUGAGAGUAAACUAUUGCUAUUAUAUUGUUACAUGUGCCAGAAGUUACUGGAGCCAACUUUCCCUUUAAUGGAGGGAGAAAAGUCAUUUUUGUGGCAAAUAUAAAAUAUUGACAAAUAUAAAGGUAGAACACAUAUGGAGAUGAAGGAGCAUUCCUGUUAGAGAUCAUAUCUGCUACCUCAUAGUAGAUCCCUAGAGAUGGAUUCAGCCAACUUGAGUAGUAGCUGUUUGCUCCUCUAUGUCUCUUGUGGCAUUAAGACUGCAUUUCCUUUUCGCACCAAGACACAUAUCUGCUCACUUCCUUCAGUUGAGUGGUAGAUAAUUUCACACAAGCCAAUUUCUUAACAAUUGAGGUCAACUGAGGAAACAUCCAUAAUCAUGACACAUUAUCAACUCCUUUGUCAUGAAGGAUAGAUGAGCCACAGUAAACAGAAGAAAACUAGUUAUUAUUGGUAAUUUGGGAAUAAGUAAUCAAAACACUUGGGAAGCAGAAGUUAUACAGUAUAUGGAUUCUGUAGAAAGUCUUGGUUAAAAUAUGAAAUUGUAAGUUUUCAAACAACUGUAGAUAGAUGACAAUGUUACUUUUAUAUUUAUGUCUCCAGAAAGAAUGGCUGUUUUUCAUGUACCAUCUGCAACUAAUAAUUGGUGUGGAGAGCAAGUUCCCAGUUCAUUCACUGUUUACAUUCCACUUCCAGGGGUAGGCGUAUUAUUAAAAGAGUAUACCUCAUUGACAAAGUAGAUGCUCAACUCUCUAGAUAAAAGUUUUAGGUUUUCUGUCUUCAUGGUCAAUACCUUUCCCUUCUCCUUCAUUAUUUGUGUUUGCUUUCUUGAAAUGGUGAAUGUGCCUUGCUGUAUCUGCACAUGACAAUUUAUUUUGACAGACACAUUGCUAAUUUUAAAAUAAAUACUUCAUAAUUU